AUGCAGGUCAAGCCCGGAAAGAGCCACGGCCCCAUAACUCGGGGUGGAGGAGCUGCCACGCAGCACCGGGCCACCUCACAACUGCACGAUGACAUUGUGACUCGAAGUUUCUCCAGAUGCUACCACGUCAACCACCUGCUGUUGAAGGGGACCACAAGCACACUUCCAUUCCUCCCCGGCGCGGCAGCAGUCUCUGUUGCUCUCAUCCUCCCAGCCCAGCGCCUGUUCCUGCUUGGCCGUUUUGCCAGGAGAGCGAUGGGACGGCACCUCGAACCAGAACCCGGCUGUUGGUGUGCAAAAAUUCAGUGUGUGCAGUAUCUACGCCUAUCUUGGAACGACAGCGGCGGCAAGUCAUGGGAAGUGCCACGGGAAGGGGGCUUGAUUAUGCUUCUUGAUUUGACGGCGGGACAAGGUCACAAGUUUGGCCAGCUGACCCCCUCCACGUUCAUGCAUGCAGCGCUUUCCCCACCAUCAUCCCAAUCAUUGCAGGCCCUGCACGUCGAGGGGACCGAUCGCCGCCAACGACCGUUUUACGUUUUCUCCCGGAACGACGACAUAAUGCCCAAGGUUAUUAGGUGA